AUGUGCGUCCUCGUCAAGGACUGGUCAUGGCCUUCAGUCAUUCUUGCCACUUGGUUGGUCUCUGGCUUCAUGGAGCAUUCCAUCGUCAUGGGUGGUCACGAGCUCUCUCAUGAUAUGUUCUUCAAGACUAGGUUCUAUAACAGGGUUUUCUCCCUCUUCCUUAACCUCCCUGUGGGCGUUGCUAUGAUGGCUACCUUCAGAAGAUACCAUCUGGACCAUCAUUCUUCCCAAGGAGUUCCGAAGGUUGAUGUUGAUCUUCCCACUCGUUUCGAAGCCAAUCUAUUCCAACACAAGCUUGGCAAGUUCAUCUGGGCUCUCCUCCAGCCAUUCUUCUAUGCUCUGAGGCCCCUAGUUGUUCACCCUCUCCCCAUGAAUUCAUACGAGCUCAUCAACUGGUUGGUCCAACUGCUGUUCGAUAUCCUCGUUGUGAAGUACCUCGGAUGGAAGUCCUUCUUCUAUCUUAUCGGUGGUCUCUUUAUGGGUUUGAGUAUCUUCAACCCUAUCUCUGCUCACUUCAUUGCCGAGCAUUACGAGUUCGU